AUGCCUGCGUCAGUCCUCAGUCGUUUCAUGUCGACCGAAGCUCUUCCACAUGCUCAUAUACUUAGACGUUCACAGCACCUGCUUGAUCCCACUUGCAGCUGCACCGCUGCAUCCGCUAAUCGACGCCCCGCUAAAAUGGCGCACAUGGCCACCCCCGCAUUGUCCACAGUUGCGCUUUGCGCUUGUUUGCUGACCAUAGUUGCUGGCAUGGAAAUGGAUUGGACAAGCUACUCGGAUCGUGCCGAUCUUCCAAUGUCCCAGAAGUGGCGAGAGGACAUGAAGGACAAGCUUUCCAGCGUGGACACUGCGAAGCUUACACCGGAGCAGAAGCGCAAAUUCAAAGAACUCUGGCGGCGAGUGAGUGGAGAGCCGCAACCAGCAGGUGAAUCUGUGCCCUUGGUGGGGGUUGCUGCCGUUGCGUUGCUUCUGGGAGCUGGUGCCUACAUGUGGCUUACCAAGCCCAAGCCUGACAUCGUCACCGGAGAGUGCGUGGACCUUCGUUGA